UUCUCUACUCAUAUCGGAAUAACACCCGAACAGUGAAAAUGAGUGGCAGAGGAAAAGGAGGUAAAGGACUGGGAAAAGGAGGCGCCAAGCGUCACCGCAAAGUCCUCCGGGACAACAUCCAGGGCAUCACCAAACCCGCUAUCCGCCGUCUGGCUCGUCGUGGUGGAGUCAAGCGCAUCUCCGGUCUGAUCUACGAGGAGACCCGCGGUGUGCUGAAGGUUUUCCUGGAGAACGUCAUCCGUGAUGCCGUCACCUACACCGAACACGCCAAAAGGAAGACCGUGACCGCCAUGGAUGUGGUGUAUGCUCUGAAGAGACAGGGCCGCACUCUGUACGGAUUCGGAGGUUAAACGUCCCAUACGACUACCAACAAACCAAAGGUCCUUUUAAGGACCACCCACUUAAAUGUA